UAAAUCGUAAACAAACGCCACACUUUGCGUACACUCAAGAGCGCAUUUGCUGCGGCUCAGACGGGGCCGUGGGCGAGCGGAAAUGGGCGUCGGUUGAGACAGCUGGCGCUGGGUGUGUUUGUGUGUGUGCGGGCUCUUGUUCCUAAGGGCGGUGCGUUGUGCCGCGGCCGGCCGCCGACGGACCAGCGAGACUUGCAGCUCGGGCUUUUUCGCGUUCCCGCCGUUCCCCGGCGACUUGCCAGGGGAGGCUGCCGUGGCUGUUCGCCCCUGCUGUGCGAAGAGCCAGAAGCCGACGCGAUCCCGCAGCCGAAGAUGUUAUCGCGGUAUGCGACGUAUAAAAAGGUGAGUGCCGACGAGCAUGGCGUCGUCCGGGUCGGCGGGCGUGGUGGCCGGUCCCCUGGUGCCGUCGCUGACGGUCACCCCGGCUUCGGCUACGGGCACGGGGUCUCGCCGGUCCUCGGUGUGGGAGGGGACGGCGCGCCGUCCUUCAGCCUGGGAACGGCGCUCGUCCGUCUUUGUCGACGCCGUAGUGGCCGAAGACCUCGUCGCCUGCCACGACGAGGACGCCGCGGCCGCCGCCUUCGUACACAAGCAACAGGUGGGCAUAUACGGAUGGCGCAAGCGGUGCUUGUAUCUCCUGGUCACGCUGUUGUUUGCCAUGGUCAUCAUGAACGUGGCGCUGACGGUGUGGGUGCUCAGGGUGCUCGACUUCUCGCUGGAUGGCAUGGGCCGAUUACGCAUAGUUGAGAGCGGCGUGCGGCUCGAAGGAGAAGCAGAGUUCCUGGAUUCACUAUACGCCGCACAAAUACGAUCAAGGAGGGAACAACCCCUCAACAUAGAGUCUUCCAAGAACAUUACGCUCAAUGCCAGAAAUAACCAAGGGCAGAUUUCUAAUAGACUUUUUAUAGGAAAUUCAAUCGUUGAAGCUUUCGCCGACGAGUUUCGAGUUCGUGACUCGAGAGGAAAGCUGCUAUUUCGGGCUGCCGACGAUGAAGUUACAGUAGCAGCAGACUCUCUAAAAGUCACUGGUCCUGGAGGCGUAAGGUUCGACGGAUCGGUGCAGACACCGUUAGUUCGCUCUGAGACGUUCAAGCAGUUAAAGCUCGAGUCGCCUACCCGAAGGCUUAAGGUGGAAGCGCCGCAAGGCGUUCUUGUGGAGUCAAAAGCUGGAGACAUCAGUGUCGCCUGUCACCAGAACCUUACUCUCCAGUCAAGGCAAGGCGAGAUAUUCCUGGACUCGGAACGCAUCGUGUUCCAGAACCUCAAGACACCGCUGCCGGCGUUAUCGGGGAGCCCUUACAAGAAUGUGUUUCAACUUUGUGUCUGUCAGACUGGUGUGUUGUUCCUGUCUGAACCGGACGGACAGUGUCGAGCAGAUGACAGCGUCUGCAAGUGAAACUCAGCCAACCCAGAACUGUGUACGCCAAGGUCAAGCUUAUGUGUUAGCGAUCGAGCUUAGGGAAUGUGCAUGUGGCAUAUCAGCAUACAGUGAAGAUGCAAGUGGAAGAAGAAAUAACCAAGAUGAUAUGGUGUGCUAAGAAUAUCGUGACAAAGCACGUGCAAGCUUCAAGAGCAGAAGACGGGCUGAAGGUAUAAAUACUGCUCCAAAGUCUCGCAAGCUAUACGUGUUAACAGAAGGAGUUGGAAUGCUCAGUGUGUAUAGUUGCUGAUAUGACAAAAAAUAGAAAUCUUUGGAGAAAGGCAAGGUCACAUAUUAGACGCACAUAACGCGGGUUUAAUGUGCAGUUUUCUAUUGUAUAGUCAGCGCCGGCUGAUGAACUUCAGGACGGCUCUUAUUGAAGUAAACCUGUAACUUUACAUUGAAGGUUUUAUGGCCAUAGAUCAAGGCGAAGUUUUGAACCUACGCUACGUAACUUGACCUUUAUACGAGGAGAAGAUUUUAUAUGACCGAAGGGACAACGAAAAUAAAGAGUAAUUAAAUCAAAUCUGAACCAAUCACUGGGCUAUCGCACGACUAAGGUGAGCGGGUACUAGAUACACUUAUCGGAUUAAACGAGAUAGCUUCAUGGAAAAUACAUUCGCAACGGUAAUAAAGGCAUUGGGGAAAAGCUCUUCACCACGGGGAAUGAAUAUUGAGUCAGGUAAAUGACAUUAUACUAAAUAUGGACAUUACUCUCAGUCCAAAGCUGCACGUUUAAAACAAGCAUGCUACGAGGGUGCAAGCGAAAACUUCGUUUAUCUGUUUGUAUUCGCACCGCUCAGGAAGGGUCAAGAUCACAAAUUGCCGCGAGCGAACCGUAUUUGUUAGAGCUUCGAUGUUGAAGGGUAGAACAGUGAAUAUAUCUGUUGCCGAAAGAUUGUUGCCUUAUAUGUCACGUUGAGUGUCUGUAAAUAAACGUAUAUCAAUCAUUGUUUACA